UUCGUCGGGAAUGGUCGUUGUCCGGUCGGGCAAAUUUAGAAAAAAACCGUGAAAAUUUGUACAUCAAAAAGAAAAUUCUUACAAGUUAACGAUUGUGCUGAAGUUCAUGUACGUUUAUAUCGUUUUCCUAACCAAAGUAAAAGUGCACAUGAUACAAAACCACAUAACUGUUCCGUGAGAUAUCAAUAAGUCUUUGCAAAUAAAUUUCUAAAACUUACGGCAAAGCAUUGUUGAAACCCCAAUUUUGGAUUACGCGCUCCCUUCUAACGCUCUUGGAUUUCCGUCAUUGCGAUUAUGGCGAAUGCCACCCCAGAAAAACUUUACAUGCAAUUAAGUGCAUCGGAACUAGCGGCCAUUAUUAUGAAAGAUUCACCCAAUUCCAACGACCGUGAUGCGGGUUUUUGUUCCGCCAGUUCGGAAAGCGAAGGCGGAGACGACCUGGCCGUCGAGCACGCGCGCAGUGGCAGUCCCAACAUCGGGCCAAAAGGAACAGACGACUCGGCGGACUCCAAGCCCAUAGCACUCAUCCGCAACAAACGCAAGAGCACGGAACCCUCCAAGGUCGUGGGCUUGACGACUACUCCGUCUAGCUCCACGUCUGGCCCUUCGGCCAAUGCGACUAUGAAUGCGACCGGUCCUCUUAAAAAACGCAUUCGAUACACCUCUUCUGCUGAUUCGGCGGUGGUGCUGACACCUCCAGCAAUAGAGUCUCCGCCGCCCAUCAGUUGUUUGCCUUCCACGUUGAGCUUGGAGCACGAAAUGAUGCCGAACCCGGCCCACAUAUUUGUCCGCCACCCGGGAGUAACUACCCUUCACCGACCCUUUGCUGCCGAUCCCGAACAGCUAGAACCACUCGCAUUAGUGACGAAGAAGAAGCAAUCUGUUGACAACGCGGCGUCAAAAGCGGAUAUGACCUCCAACCUCAUGAAUGGUAAGCAGCCAGCUGCCAAAAAGACGUUGCAAAAAAAGGCGCCAAAGGUAUCCACCUUAUCAACAAUGCUAGACGCAAGUCUCAGCGACGAGGAUCUGUGCAAGCCGGGACUGGCAUCUGACAUGCCGCGACCUCACCAGCAUCAGCGCAAUUACAAGAACAUGACGAGGGAGCGCCGCAUCGAGGCAAACGCUCGGGAGCGGACCCGUGUCCACACCAUUUCCGCCGCCUACGAGACGCUCCGCCAAGCGGUUCCAGCCUAUGCUAGCACUCAGAAACUAUCAAAGCUCUCCGUGCUACGGGUGGCCUGCUCCUAUAUCCUGACCCUGAGCAGAAUGGCUGGCGAGGACUACAGCGCCGAUCAAUCUGAGCCGUCCAUUGCCGAGUGCCUGGAAGCCGUGACAUCUACCAUACAAACCGAAGGCAAGGUGAAGCGGAAGAAAGAGGAGUGAUCUGUUCAGUUGGGUCGACAAAGACAUUUUAAAAGACUAAAUGCGACUGAUACUGCUGCUGUUACAAAUAAUCAAGUGUGCUUGAGCUUAGGCUAAUCCUGCAUACAGCAUUCCUAACCACACGCUCUGAGUCCUAAGCGCUAGUUGAGGUCACAAGUGGCCAAAUAGCUUUAAAAGUUUUCAAGGCUUUUCUUAGUUAUACAAACCAGAUAAGUUUUAAGUAGAGGGGAAAUCGAUAAUGCGCAAACUUAACUUUUUGAGUAUGCAAGCAUACAUAUUGUAAUAUAUAUUGAUAUUUUUAGAUUUAAAUACCAGCGAUGUGAUCCUAAUUUAAAAUCGCUUUUUACUGGAACAUGUUAGGGAGUACAAAUAGUCACCAAUACAUUGAAAAGACAAUAAUCGUUAUCUUUAAACUUAAAAUGACAAUAAGCUAACUCUUUAAAUAUAGCUUAAAUGUUUCAAAAAGAUUUUUGUUAUAAACAGGACUCUUAUUCUAAUAUUCGUACACUUGCACACAAAUAUAAAAUUAUAAGAGAAACUUUGCCAAAAUGGAUUAAUUUUACUAUACUUUAAGAUAGAAUAUGAGUAAAUAUAUAUUUUUACAUGUACCUUUAAAUAAAACCCUUCUGAAAAGAUAGUUAGUUACAAGCAAUAACAAUUGGUUCAGUUUUUAAUGGUAAUAGUUAUGAAUGAGAACAAACUGUAGUAACAAAAAAUUUAUUUUCUUUCGCUGUCGACCAUCUACCUACGGAAAUAAAUGAAAAACCUGAAAUAAUUCAGUUUGUGUAAAUAAUAGACUUUUACUCAAAAAUUGUAAUCUCAUGGUUUUAUAUUAAAAGAUAUAUGUAUACAUACGCUAAGUGCCAUAAAAGCAGAAAAUAUACAAAUCUGACUGUCCAGAAAA